GCAGCCCGGACACAGGGAGACAUGGCGGAGUUUGUAGUUUCCCAGAGAAGCGCCGCUCAGGAGUUUCUACACUUUUCAACAUGUCCGCACGACUUCAGCUCGGCACCCUAAUGUCCGCGUAGCGCGUGUGGAGCGGGGCUGGACGAGGCACCGACGUCUUUUGCUCUUGUUUUUCUUCCCGGGGAAGGACGGAGGGAGCAGCGGCGGCGGCAGGAGCGGCCGCGGUCGGGGGAAAAUGUGUUGUCAUCUCCGCGCAGUCAACAGCCUUGGGCAACAAAUAUGGCUACUUCUGGUGUAUCCCUCAGUUCGGGUCGAUAACCGUCCCCAGCCGGGCCGAGCCGGGUAGUUCCUCCAGGGGGGUCAGGGGUUACUUCUAGUCCGGGGGGUUGGAAGUUGACUACCAGAACACAUUAAGACGCUGGAUUUGUCCCCGGAGCUGGUUUGGUUGAAGCGAAGGAGUUGGAGGGAGGGAGGAGGGGAGCGAAACUGAAGAAGAAGAAGAAGAAGAAAGAGAGGAGGAGGAGGAAGAAGUAGAGAUGGAUCCCAGGAAUAAAGAGUUACUGGAGACGUGCUACCAGAACUUGGUGGAGUCCAUAACGGACGCGGACCGGGUCGUGGAGGUGCUGGCUCACUGCGGGAGCCUCAGCCCGGCGGAGCGCUUCGAGCUGGGGCACAGCUGCGCCUCCGACCCGGAGAAAGUGGAGCUUCUCCUGAAGAUCCUGAUGAGCAAGGACCGAGACCAUUUCUCCGAGUUGUGCUCGGCUCUGGAGAAGACGCACCCUCACCUGCACUCGGUGCUGCUCAACGGCACCGGACCAGUGGAUCACACGACCGGGUCCACUUACAGCGUCUUGUCCACCAUGCCGUCGGACUCGGAAAGCAGCAGCUCUCUCAGCAGCUUAGGUACGCCCGUUCAAGCCUCCUCCCCGCCGCCCGCCCACAUGGACGGCCACCCGGUCAACGAGAAGAUGGAGACGGUUCUUUUCCAGCUGCGACACGUGACCCGCGAGAGGGACGAACUACGCAAACGUCUGGCACUCUCCUCGCCUGGAACCACCUUCGAUGACUGCAGACCAAACUCGAAAGCAGGUCAUGACUACGAACGUCUGAAGCUGCAGUGCAUGAAGGCAAUGGCAGACCUGCAAUCCCUGCAGAACCAGCACAGCACCACCCUGAAGAGGUGUGAGGAGGCUGUGAAGAAGGCAGACUUCUACUAUACGCUGCACAGCCGUCUGGCGAGCGAGCACGCCCAGCUGAAGGACGAGCAGGAGGCGGUGAGACAGGACAACAUCCAGCUGGUCAGGGAGCACAACCACGUGAAGCAGGCCUGCGAGGAGCUGAGGAGACUGCAUGAUGACGACCAGCGAGAGGUUGCUGACAUGAGGAUGCUGCACCAACAGGUGAUGAGGGAGGGGUCGCCUGAUGUCCUCAACAAGCUGUACGACACAGCCUUGGACAAGCUAGAGGCCAUGAAGGGCGACUAUGAGGGUCUGAGGAAGCGCUACAACGAGAACACUGCUAGUCACAACGUAGACCUGAGUCGUCUGGAGCAGGCGGAGGAGGAGAACCACCGGCUGCAGAAACAGCUGGACAUGCUGCUAAAGCAGAGGGACGCUGCCAUCCACUACCAGCAACAGUACUCCUCGUCUAUAAGAAGGUUUGACAGCACGCAGCUGGAACUGUCUAAGGCCGCAUCCCAGAACAAGGAGCUGCAGCGAGAGAUGGAGCGGCUGCAGUCAGAAACAACUCGCCUCAAGACCCAGCAACUCAAGGCGUCGAAGGACAGUGAGAAGUACAAGGAUGAGCGCGACUCCGUGAUCAGCGAGUAUCGUUUGAUCAUGAGCGAGCGGGACCAAGUGAUCAAGGAGGUGGACCGGCUUCAGACUGGGCUGGAGAUGGCCGAGGCCAAGCUGAAGAACACUUCCUCUGAGAGACGGGUGGCCAGUGAGGAGCUGGAGGCAUUACGACAGGAGUUGGCAUCAGCGCUGGUCGACAGGGACCGGGCCAUCUGUGAAAAGAACGAGCUGCUGGAGAAAUACUGCCACGAGGUGAAGGACAAGGCCGAGGCCCAGAAAGAGCUGAGCCAGGCCAGCAAGGACAUUGAGACGGUGCGCGAGGAGCGGGACGUGGCCCGCAAGGAGAGGACGGAGGCCAUCAUCCAGAGGGACCAGCUGCUGCGAGAGUAUUACCAGGCCAGACAGAAACAAGACUCUGCCACUAUGGACAUGGAACGAGCCAACAAGGAGAUUGAAAUGCUGAGGAAACAGUACGAGGCCAUCUCUCAGGAGCUGAAGGAGGCGCUGCAGGAGGCCGAGGUUGCCAAGUGCAGACGCGACUGGGCCUUUCAGGAGAGGGACAAGAUAGUGGCUGAGAGGGAGAGCAUUCGCACACUUUGUGACAACCUGAGGCGAGAGAGGGACCGAGCUGUGAGCGAUCUGGCAGAUGCUCUGAGGAAUCUGGAUGACAUGAGGAAACAGAAGAACGACGCUACACGGGAACUCAAAGAACUAAAAGAAAAGGUGGAGGACCAGAUGGAAGAGGAAGCGAGGUUUCGUCAGUUAAUGGCUCACAGUUCACAUGAUUCAGCCAUCGACACGGACUCCAUGGAGUGGGAGACGGAGGUUGUUGAAAUCGAGAAGCACAGAGACAUGGAUCUGAAAGCACUUGGGUUUGAUAUUGCUGAAGGGGUAAAUGAUCCUUAUUUACCUGGAGACUGUGGCAUAUUUGUCAGUAAGGUGGAUAAAGGAAGUAUCGCUGAAGGAAGAUUAAGGGUUAACGACUGGUUGUUGAAAAUUAAUGAUGUGGACCUGACUAAUAAGGACAGGAAGCAGGUGAUCAAAGCAGUGCUGAGCGGAGAGGGGGUGAUCAAUAUGGUGGUCCGCAGAAGGAAGUCGCUCGGAGGACGGAUUGUGACUCCGAUCCAGAUAAACCUCACUGGACACAAAGACAGCGGCAUUGGUCUGGAGAGUGGAGUGUUUGUUGCCACUCUGGCUCCAGGAAGUCCAGCAGCGAGAGACUGUGCUCUCACUAUUGGUGAUAGACUUUUAGCUAUCAAUGGAAUUGCUCUCGAUAACAAGUCGCUCUCCGAAUGCGAGUCUCUGCUGAGAAACUGCCGCGAUUCUCUCAGCAUUUCACUCAUGAAGUUCCUCCCACAGAGCUGUUCUGGUCAGAGUUUAUAUGAAAGUUCAAAAGACUCAGAAAAGGUCUCCCGGCUGCAUUCCUGUGACGUCCACACCAGGAACUGCAGACACUCCAAGCACAACUGCUCCAAGCACAACUGCUCCACACAGACAGACAUUUGCAGCUGUGACUCGGGCGGCAGAGGGGACAUGUGUAAGGACACAGGGGACUCUCUGGACAGCAGCGGCAGUAGCACUCAUUCCAACCACAAGCCCUAUUCCAACAGCUCUGUGCACUCCCGCUCCCUCUCCACCUCGCACACUCCCUCAGAUCCCCACCCAGACUUCGUUUACAGGAGGCAGGAGAUCCACCAUCAUCCCUUCACCUUCACCCCUGUGCUCUCCGACUGCAGCUCGCCGCAGACACCUGUGGACCGAGUGAAGAACUCUACAGCCAAGCCAAGUGGAGGCACUUGGCCUAAAGUUUUGGUGGGAGCUUCGAUUCCCGAGUACGCCCAGCUGUCCAUCUACAAAAAACCCAAACAGAGGAAGUCCAUCUUUGACGUGAAUGCUUUCAGGAGACCCGAGGCGCCCACAAAACUGGACUACAUGUCGGUAACCCAGUUGCCCAACCACUCACCACAGAGCUCAAUAUCCGAGUCCGCACAGAGCCCUCCCACACCGCCCGCCAGAAGCGACUCGUUCCGGUUCAAACAUCGGCAGCAGAACAGCUCUGCGUCGGACUCGACCAUCACCACCGGGACUCCCCCUGCUUCCCCGGCUCAAGCUACAAGCACACAGGAUAAGGGGGAGACAGGAAACCAGUUCUAUUACGAUGCUUCCCCAGGAGAGACUAAGAGCGCCGUCAAGAAACCUGCAGAGGAAGAGAAGAAUCGACACAGAGCAGUGGGGCAGGAAAAGAGGAGAUACCGGCCCAAAUCAGCACCGGCACUGAGGAGGAAUGUGACUCCAUUACACAUCCCUGUUCCCAUGCAGGUACAGAGUUUCUCGAAUGAUGAGCACUCCCCAGAGCCGGUGGACUUGUUACGCUUCUCUCCUAUGAGAACGAAUCGGUACAGCAUGCCCUUUGCCCCGCCCAGCUACAGCAGCAUUGCAGCACAUGCAGCACAGCGAGGUUUAUCCCCAUGUCCUGCUGUGACGGCUGUGAUGAGGAACCCGGUCUACACUGCCUGGAGCCAGGAGAUCCAGAGCAACAACUGUCCUCCAGCUCCCGCCUCAGGAGUUCACUCACAUUCACACACAAGCCCCCAGCAUCAAGGUCGCCUCAGCCUGGACCUCAGCCACAAGCGGCCCGGAGAAUCGACCGACAUGAAGUGUAGCCAGCCACCGCACAGCACCAACUCCCUGCCCUCCAGCGCCAGACUCGGUUCCCUGAGUACUCUACAGUUCAGAGCAGAGCGACUUAAGAUCCCACCCACUCGUUAUCCUCGCUCCACUGGAUCUGACAGAGGUUCUCUCUCACAUUCAGAGUGCAGCAGCCCGACACCUCCGAUGUCCCCUGUCAACCUGGAUACAACGUCUUUCACCAGUAGCCAAUCACAGGGCUCCAUCUCCACCCAGCCCAGGAUAUCAGUCAGCCCCGCUUCUGUGGGUGACAGGAGGAAGGAUGGGCCAUACUUGGAGGAGCCGCGCAAUGUAACGGUACAGAAAGGAGCUGAACCUCUGGGGAUCUCCAUCGUGAGCGGUGACAACGGUGGAGUAUUUGUGUCCAAAGUGACAGGAGGCAGCAUCGCACACCAAGCUCGCUUAGCGUACGGGGACCAGCUCCUUGAGUUCAAUGGAAUCAACCUACGCAAUGCCAACGAGCAGCAGGCGCGGCUGGUAAUCGGGCAGCAGUGUGACACUGUGACCAUUCUGGCUCAGUACAAUCCUCACAUGUUUCAGCUGGGCAACCACUCUCGCUCAGGUUCUCGAAUGGAGUCCAUCAGCAACCAACCGACACCUCGAGGCAGCGGAGCCACCACCCCGGACAAUCCCUCCGCCGUCGACACCCUGAGUGAGCAGGACGAGGGCACCAUGACGCCGCCGUCCAAACAGACGACUCCUGCCACCAGUCCACACAACUCCUUCCGUAUUCCUGGCUCAGGUUCACGCAGGGCUGCGGAGCCUCGGCUGGUGCGUCUGAAGAGGAUCCAGGUCGAGCUGGGCGUUCAGAUCUGUGGAGGAAACAUUUAUGGCGUCUUUGUGGAGAGUCUGGAUGACGACAGCCCAGCUAAGACUCCUGAUGGCCUGCUGCCUGGAGACUUGCUACUGGAGUACAAUGGCAUCAGCAUGAAGAAUAAAACUAAAGAAGAAGCUUACUUGGAAAUGUUGAAACCAGCUGAAACAAUCACGUUCAAGGUCCAGAACUGUGUGGACAACCUCGCUGCGAUCAAAGAAUCCCCCGGGGAUGGAUUUUUCAUUAGAGCACUUUAUGAGAGGGUGGCAGAGGCAGAGCAGGAACUAAGCUUUAAGAAGGACGACAUCCUGUUUGUGGAAGAUACGCUGCCAAAUGGCAAUUUUGGCUACUGGAUGGCCUGGCAACUUGAUGAGAAUGCACAGAAGCUGGAGAAAGGCCAGAUUCCAAGUAAAUACAUGAUGGACCAGGAGUUCUGCAGGAGACACAGCAUGGCCGACAUGAAGGACGACAACAACAAGACCCUGUCUGCUGCUGCACGGAGGUCCUUCUUCCGUCGGAAGCUGAAGCACAAACGCAGCGGAUCCAAGGACGGAAAGGAUCUGACGGCUCUGGACGCCAUAAGCACAGAUUCUUUCCCCUUCCCAGAGGAUGGAGGGAGCUUGAUGUACCAGCGGGUUCAGAAGGUCGAGUACUCGUUCCCCAGACCAGUGCUGGUCAUGGGGCCGUUAGUGGAAGCCUGUAAGGACAUGCUGGAGAAGGAGGCUCCUAAAACGUUCUGUCGCUGUCUGCCUGAGAUUAUGAAGGCCUCUCAGCAGGCAAUAGAACGAGGGGUGAAGGACUGCGUGUUCAUCGACUACAAACGGAGGAGCGGCCAUUUUGACGUGACCACUGUUGCCUCAAUAAAAGAAAUCACAGAGAAGGACUGUCACUGUUUACUUGACAUUGCCCCUCACGCCAUCGAACGUCUUCACAGCGUUCACAUCUACCCAAUCGUCAUAUUCACUCGCUACAAAAAUGCCAAGCAGAUAAAGGAGCAGAAGGACCCUCUGUACCUGCGGGAUAAACUCUCACAGAAACAUUCCAAGGAGCAGUUUGAGGCGGCUCAGAAAAUAGAGCAGGAGUACAGCCGCUUCUUCACAGGCGUUGUCCAGGGAGGCAGCGUCUCCUUCAUUUGCACUCAGAUCAUAACCAUCGUGGAGCAGGAACAGAGUAAAGUGCUGUGGAUUCCGGACGGGGCUCCGUAGACAUGUCGCCCCUCACCUCACGUCCCUCAGAAACAUUAGAGGAUUUUUUUUUUUUUUUUUAUUAUCAUGGGAUACGCAGCGAAUCGGUACAAAUCGGACAGACGCCACGGUUAACGCCACAAUCCACCAAUGAUGAUGAUGAUCAUGUAAUAUUCCCACUACAAUAGUGAUGUACUGUACUACAGCUAGAUUUGUUUACACUAGUAUUUAAUACUUGAAUGUUUUAUUGUCCCUUGAUAUCUAGUAGCACUCCUUUAAUCCCACUUUGUCCCAUGAACAUGUCGGACCAGAGGAAGUCUGCGCAGAUGCAAACUGAAGACUUUAUUCUUGAUAUGAAGAUUGAACGGAGCACUGUGUUCCCUUGUCUAUAUUUAUAUGUAUUCUCCUGCCAUUUAAUUUAUCUAAUCAAAUCAAAGAUGUUGCUUAUGAACUUUUUGUUAUACAAAUGUUGCUGUCUAGUCAAUAGGAAGGAGGUUAUUUUCCAGGUAACGUUCUUAUUUAUAGAGGAGAAAAUUGGGGCAAAUUUUGCUUCCUUCACAUUGUCUAUUUUAUUAUCUGAUGCUACCACUUUUUAUCUCUGUUGACAUCAUGUCAGUACUAAACCUAAUAACUGUGCCAAGCUAAAAACAUUUGUUAAUCACUCCAUUCUUGAAUUAAUUAACACAACGACUUCCGAGGAUGAUGCAUAGCACAGGCAUGUCUGUUGAAACCAGUUGGUCCAGAUCAUCUGUUCUUCUGUUGUUGUUUUUUUUGUCAAUGCUGUUUCUUUUAUUUUUGUAUCUUUUUUUUUGUCAAGUGCGUUUUUAAAGAAGGGAUAUUUUAUGUCUGGGUCGUGGUUGGCAUGGCGACACAUUUACACGCACCUCUUGGAUUUUUACUCGACUCACGGUGUCAACAUUUCAUCUUCCCACGUUUCUCGCAAUGAAGGUUCAUAUUUCUACAAAAUAUUAAAAAAACACCAGUUACAGUU